AAUUUUUUUGACAGGUGUGUGCAACAUGGCGUCGACAGGAGCAAAAAACAACAUAAUCAAAUUCGUGUAUUUGCGUAAUGAUUUGUGUUUUUAAACAUUCCGUGGUGAAUUGAUCAACAAAAACCAUAACCAACCCCACGCCUACAAGAAGGAAUUCAGUGACUCCGUGUUGGAGUUUUUCACACUUGCAAAAUGAGCAAGGUUAGCGAUUUUUCCGAAAACGAAGACGAUCCUGCAGUUUACGAAAGCUCAGGCUCGGAGUGGAGCAGUGGGGCCGAAUUAGAACCGGUCAGGAAAACCACAACACGCCGGGCGUCUUCCAGAGUCAGCAAAAAGCCCCGUCUCAAGUCCGAAUCAAGCUCGAGUGAAAUUGACGACGACCCGAAACCGAGAAAACGAAAUGGAGUGAACAAAAAACAGAAAAUUGAGCCCCCAGUGGACGAACAAAAAAACCUACCCAAAACGAUCAACGCGAAAGACUUUUCGACUGGCUCUUUUCUGAUUUUGAAAAAAGACGCACAAGUGGGGGACCCCAAAAAGCACCCCUGUAUUUGGAGGGUUGAUGGGAAGGCCCUAUUACAGAAAUAUGAACCGUUUGAUGAGGAGGGGAAAAUAAGACACAAAACAACGUCAAUUUAUACAGGAUGGUCCGCUUUAGAUAGAGAUUUAUAUGCCCCUGUAACUGUAACUGUUACACAACACAGAAAUCAAAUUCUCAUUGUUGAUCUUGACUGGGAGAAAUUAAAAGAGAUAAAUAUGGACAGCGAUUAACAAAUGCAACUGUGGUUUAUUUCAAUUUUUUCCACUACAUUAAUUUAAAGGUAGUGUGUGUGCAAUUUUUUUUCCUCGAUUUUUAAUAAAAAUGGGUCAAAUUACAUUUGAGUUUAUAAAAAUAAUAAAAAUACAGAAAAAUAAAAAUAUGUUCAUGUGUA